CACACACACACACACACACCCAUGCGCACACAGUCGUGUGUUUUAUUAUUUCGUUAUCCCUUGGACGGAGAGAAGGAGAAGGAGUGAGUGAGAAAGUGUGUGCGUGUGUGUAAGAGAGAAAGAGAGAGAAUAACCGACGGAUCAUGGUGUACGACAACAAAGGUCUUCUAUUUGUUAUUAAUUUUUAAACUCCCCCAUCACGUUCAUAUGGAACCCGCCAUCGCCGUCGUUGUCGCCACUGCUGCCUGACAUUCCGUUCGCUCGACCGCCCCGCUGCCCCUUGCAUCACGUUUAUUACCACAUUUUCCCUUCGACGGACGACGACGAAGACCGCCAUCAGGUUGCCACGAAACUAUUGUUCCAUUGUCCACGGAAACGCACCGCAUACAUUCCAAAUCGUUUUUAUUCCCGUCCGAAUCGCGUGGUCUAAUGUUUUGACCCAGAACCGUUGAGGUGUACUCGUCGCGUUGAAAGUUAAUUUUUUUAAAUAUAAUUUAAAAUGGACGAAAAUCAACCAUCAUCAUCAACUGAUAUAAUAAACAACCAAGAAGUUGAUUCUGAAGUAACAUGGAAACAUCCAAGUCAUCUUUUUCAACGACUUUUAGCAUUAUUUCUUAUGUGCUUAAUAGGAUUUGGCUCUUAUUUUUGUUUUGAUAAUCCUGGAGCUUUACAGGACGAUUUUAUACAAGAUAUGAAUUUAACAACUUCUCAAUUUGUUUAUCUGUAUUCCUGGUAUUCCUGGCCAAAUGUUAUAAUGUGUUUUAUUGGUGGAUUUUUAAUUGACAGUGUAUUUGGUAUACGUUUGGGGACUGUUAUCUAUGCAUUAUUGGUUGUUCUUGGGCAAAUAGUUUUUGCUGCUGGUGCAUAUUUAAACACUCUUUGGGUUAUGUUACUAGGACGUCUUAUUUUUGGAAUUGGUGGUGAAUCCUUAGCUGUUGCACAAAAUAACUAUGCAGUAUUAUGGUUCAAAGGAAAAGAACUUAACAUGGUAUUUGGAUUUCAAUUGAGCUUUGCCAGAGUUGGUUCUACAGUAAAUUUUAUUGUUAUGGAACCAUUAUACCGUUAUGUAAAACAACAUAUCAAUAUUCCAAACUAUCAAAGUUUAUCCAUUGUUUUAUUAGUUGCAAGCUUAACAUGUGUCUUAUCAAUGUUGAGUGCUUUACUUCUUGCUUGGCAAGAUAAAAGAGCCGAAAGAAUUCUUCAUAGAAAAUUAUCAGUUUCCACUGAAGUUGUAAAAAUAACUGAUGUUAAACAUUUUCCAAAUAUCUUUUGGCUAGUAACAUUCAUUAUUGUUUGUUAUUACACCUCAAUAUUUCCAUUUAUUGCAUUAGGAAAAGUAUUUUUUGAGAAAAAGUAUAAUUUUUCGCCAGAUGCAGCCAAUUUCAUCAAUGGAGUUAUUUAUAUUAUAUCAGCCAUAUGUGCACCAGCAUUGGGUUUAGUUAUUGAUAAAACUGGACGUAAUUUAUUCUGGGUAUUUUUAUCAAUACUUGGUACAUUAGGUUCACAUAUGUUUUUGGCAUUUUCUUUUGUUAAUCCCUAUUUUGCUAUGUUAACAAUGGGAUUGUCAUAUUCUAUGUUAGCUAGUGCAUUGUGGCCAUUAAUUGCUUUGAUAAUUCCAGAGCAUCAAAUGGGAACAGCUUAUGGAAUAGCACAGUCAGUUGAAAACCUCGGCCUUGCUGUUGUCGCUUUACUAACUGGUAUAAUAGUUGAUGCAGAUGGUUAUUAUAUGGUGGAACUAUUUUUCUGCUUUUUAUUAACAGUCGCAUUGCUGUUGACUGCUAUUUUGUGGACCUGGGACUCAAUGACUAAUGGAAUUUUAAAUAUGAGCAUUAAACAAAGAAUUCAGCUUGAAUCAAAUAAAAUUCCUCGUCCAGAAAAACAGAAUUUGCUACAUGAUAAUGAUACCUUAAAUGAAGACUAAGGUUAAACUUAACUAAUUACUUUUAGGUUUAGUUAUCUAUAAGUCUAAAAUUUUACUUACGAACAAUAUGAUAUCUCAAAAUAAAUCAAUACAAAUUUAUUCAACAUAUUUAAUGUUCUUAGAUAGGUAUAAUAUGUUAACUGAUUAA